UUUCCACAAGCCAGACAGGGAAGCUGGACUCUUUUCUCAUGAACAACCUAAGAGAGACAAGUCUUCUACCUCCUCUUCCUCCUCCUCUUCCUCCUCGUCAUCCUCCUCUUCCUCAGGUACCCUCAGAACAGUGAGGACCCAGGCCUUGUCCUUCAGGAACUCAAGAUGGUUGGAGAGAUGAACACCACCACCACUGGCCCUCAGGCCCACCGUGUCAAGCACAGACAGUUGAUGCUAUAGUAACCCCAACCGAAGGAGGGCCAAGAUGAGCAUGAGCUGGGGCAGUUGGAAAAGGCUUCCUGCCCCUUAACCUUCAAGAUAAAGGAGACAAAUGGGAAGGGCCUUCUAGGUGGGAGCAAACAGAGUCAGCAUGGUGUGGGGACACACCCCUGUGCUUGUCCUAGGAUACCUUGGAUGACCUUCUCUUAUCUUCAUGAAAGCAGCAAUGGAAAUAUUAAAUUAUUUGUCCAAGAUCACACAGAAAGCUUGUGGCUGAUCUCCUACCCCUCUUAUCCUCCCAAGAGCUAUCUUUCUUCCAAACCACACUCCUCAUAUAAGCUAAAUUCUGAGAACACCAGAACAAAUGUAUUUCAGGCUCAUUCCAGACUGAGGUUCCCCUACAGCUUGUGUUUGUUCCCUGCAGAGAGCAGUGAUGAGGACCAGCACCCAGGAGUGACUGGGAAACAUCAGCAAAGCCAGGGAGCCGGACACCCCCCCAGGGACAGCUCACCUGGUGCUGAGCAUGAGGAGCCUGACCUUUUGAAGGAUGAGCUUCAGCUCUAUGGAGUAGGUGCCGCUGGAGAGGUGGUGCCCUCUGGAGAAUCGGGACUCCGAAGACGAGGCUCUGACCCAGCAAGUGGAGAAGUGGAGGCCUCUGAGUUAAGAAGACUGAAUAUAAAGAAAGAUGAUGAGUUUUUCCAUUUUGUCCUGCUCUGCUUUGCCAUUGGGACCUUGCUGGUGUGUUAUCACUAUUAUGCAGACUGGUUCAUGUCCCUUGGGGUCGGCCUACUCACCUUCGCCUCCCUGGAGACUGUCGGCAUCUAUUUUGGGCUGGUUUACCGGAUCCACAGUGUUCUGCACGGCUUCAUCCCGCUCUUUCAGAAGCUUAGGCUGAUGGGAUUCAGGAAGACCGACUGAGGCCAGUGCUGGGCCAGGAGCCACGCUGGGCCCCAGUAUGACCAUACUGCAUCUCCUGAGUGCACAAGGGCAGAGCGCCGUCCUGGGAGACACGCGGGCGGGCCAGUCUAGAGCAAUAAAGAGAGCGCUUUUCCUUCCAUGUAGUCUGAACGUUGACACCAGCCUGGACCCAGGCAUCAUUUGGGCAGUACUGGCAUGCAAUCCAGCUGCCAGGUUGGAAGGCAGAGGAAAGGUACCAGGCCUAUGCCCUUCGUGGUUCCUGGAUCAGCAGGAGGAUUCUAGGAUGUUACUACUCUCAGAAGACAGUAGGAGACCCCUGAGCCCUACAAGCUAUAAUCCGUGUGAGCCUCUGAUUCCUCUCAAAUUGCCAGGCCAUCCAGGUGGCCUCUAAGCCUUACAGAGUCAUCCAAGGAAAGAGAAACUACUGCCCUGAGGCAGGGAGCCAUCAUGCCAGGCCCCUAGGAUAAGCCUGAUACAAGGAACUGCUGGGGACUAAAGCCACAGCAUCAAGGCAUCUUCUCUAGCCCCAUUGCCUAGUGCCAGCCCUGCUGCUUUGGAUUCCAACAAGAUUCAAAUAAAUGUUUUCUUCCCUGGACUAAAAGAAGAGUCAGCUAAAUGUUCUUUCAGGUUUCUUGAUAAUGAGAACACAUUUGGAGUCUCCUUUGACCCCAUCUAGUCAGGGAAGGCAACUUGUCUAUUGGAUAAAGUAUAAAAGAGAAUAAAUGUACAGCCCCUCACUUUAGAGCCAAGACUCCAAUUGCACAAGUUCAAAAAGAGGGUUUUGCAAACAUUCCUAUGAAAAGGUCUGGGGCUGUCAGGUACUCUAAGCCCAACAAAUACCAAAGGAGUGAAACAGAAGCACACAUACACAAAAAUUCACUGCAAACUUGGGUUGCAUAAAUGGAGGUACAGAGUCUAGAUUGAAGGAGGUGAUAGUAGUUCUUUAUACAGCUAGUCCACACCAACAGCAUGUAUUCAGUUGUAGAUUCACAUCUCAAGAGCAAUAGUGACAAACUAGAGAACAUACAGAAGAGACCAGAGUGGGAAUAUAAAGAAUGACUGAAGAAGUAAGAACUCUUCAGUUUACAGAAGAGAAAAGUGGGGCCUUCCCUGAGCUCACAGACUCUUAGAGGAUACUUUCUCAAGCAUUUGUGAUGGUUCAAGUACAGUCACAUAUGUUAUCUGAUUUAAUUCUCACAGCACCCUUGACAUGUCAAUCAGCCUAAUUUUGCAGAAGGAGAAAGAGACUCAAGGAACUUUAGUAACUUCCUCAAGUUCCCACAGUAAGCAAGUGGCAGAGCCGCCAUUUGAACCCAAGCUUAUGUUCUCCUUAUGCCAAGCUGCCUUAUAGAGCUUGGCCAACCUAGGCCCCCACUCCAGGGAGAGCAGCCCCAAGGCAGCUGCAGUUUUCCCCUGUGUUUCCCAGACUUUGGGAUAUCUGAGUUAGAGAGUUGUUUGUUUUUUGUUUUUUUUUUUUUUAAUGAGGGGGGUGGUGUCUGGCUGGCUUAAUUGA